UUGAUAUUAAUAUUAAUCUACCUCGGUUUUUGUUUGUGUUAUCAUUACACUAUGAUUGAUACUUUUUCGAAAAUGAUAAGAAUCGUUUUCAGAAACCCAGUCCGACCGCAUAAUAUGAACAAAGCAAUAUUACGAUAUAGCAGUAUUUAGUAUUCAAAUAUUACAAAUUUAAAAUGUAUAGGUAUACAAAUUAUGCUCUCGGUCAGCUGUUAUCAUAGACUUUUUACUAUAAAACCAAGGUAGUUAUAAUAACUACCUUGAGUAAAAUUGUAAAAGAUCUAUGGUUAUUAUUUUUCUUUAUCAUUUUAAUCAACUGUCCUCUACCCACUCUGUGACAAACACAAAUUGGCUGACUUUUCAAGUGUUUAGUUGAGCAAAGAAACGUGUUUAAAGGAAAUCUGUUUAAAAAUCCUUUUUGUUUUAACUUUUUAUUUUAAUUUCCUGAUAAGUUAUAAUAUAACUUGGGCGCUUUUACACAAUUAAGUACCAUGUUAUUUUUUUGAAGUUGGUUACACUGAGUGAUUUUGGUAUGAUUACAAAUUGUUCAUUACGGUGAACGAUUACUUUUGCGAUAUUAUUUAUUCAUCAACCACGUUUUGAGUUUUGAGUUUCACUCUAAUCUCAAUAUCUCACCGAAUCAUUCAAUUUUUGGUUUAUACACUAACCCAAAUCUAGUAAGUAUAUUUAAUUUUAACGUAAAUCUUGAAAUAUUCUAAACUUUUAUUAAAACUUCAAAAAACAGAGCAGAAAUGGAUAAGCCAGUUGUUCUAUCUCGCGUGUUGAAGGUUUUGGGACGUACCGGUUCACAGGGACAAUGUACCCAAGUGAAAGUCGAAUUCAUCGGUGAACAAAAUCGUCAAAUCAUUCGAAACGUAAAGGGACCAGUACGUGAGGGUGACAUUCUUACGCUACUCGAGUCUGAAAGAGAAGCCAGAAGACUUCGAUAGGACUAUAAUAUAACGUAGGUAUACGGUUAUGUAUAGAUAUAUUGAGACAUUGAGUUAUCGGUUUUAAAGUUUUUGUCUAAAUUAACUGCUUGAAGUGUAUUCAACAAUUUAUUAUUUUCUAUUUGGAUAUGAUUAAAGUAUACAAGUGAAAUUUUAACUUUGUUGGUAAACCAAAAUUGAAAAUUCACAAUGGUUUAAAAAUGAAUGUCUUAGAAAAUCCGUGCAAAAAUAUCCAACUGUCUACUUAAUCAUUUGGUCAAAAUAAAAUAUUUGAAAUAUCUUAUAAUAAAUAUAUACAGGGUGAUUAAUCUAUCAUAAGACAAGUGAGUAGACUCAUUAACUCGGAAAAUAUUAACUUUUUUCGGCUUUUGUUUUAUAGACAAUUUUAGAAACAAGCAACUCUGCAAUUUUACAUUUAUGUUUUUUUUUGACGAUAAAACUACUGUCUACUUUUGAUUUUCAAAUGACAACUUAUAUUGUAAAUUCCAUAAAUAGAUGAACUAGUAAUAAUACAUUUUGGUGUUGAAAUUUUUGAUUUCUUUCAAUUUGAGAGAAAUUAUUGGUACAUUCUUAAAACACCGCUCGUUGUGCCGCCACAUAAAUGAUAUUUCACUACUUUCACUUGACCCAAACUUAAAAGUGGAAUAUUUCGUCAACAGAUUGAUGAAAAUUAUAAAUUUAAACUCCAAAAUGUAUUUUAACUAUUACUCCAUUUAUUUAUGGAAUUUUUAUUAUAGGUUGCCAUUUUAAAAUCAUUAAUAGGUUGUUGUUUUACUUCCAAAAAUAAGGAUGACAAAAAAUAAUGUAAAUGUUAAAUCUUAGAACAGCUUGUUUCUUAAAUAUUUUUAAAAUAAACUUUAAAAAAAUUUAAGACUUUCCGAGAUAAUAAGUGUCUUACAAUAGAUGGAUCACACCCUAUGUGUAACAACAAAUCAUUUAAAUGUUACUAAUAACAAAAAAUAAAUAAUUAUAUUAAAAUUCUAUAGUAACAAAUCAUUUGUCCAAAUGCACUUGGUCACAAUUUUAUUAUUGAAAUUUAGUAAUAAAUUAUUAAAUUUUUUAAAUUUAUAUAAACAAUGUUUCCACAGGUUUUAAAAAGUAAUCCGUUUUAUCACUAGAGUCGUUUUCUCUAACAUAUCUGUUUAUCUGAUAUUUAAACUGAAUUUAUGGCUGAUAACUGACAACGAUUGGUAGUUUAUUGAAUAUUGGAUAAAUUUCAUAUAAAAAUUAACAUUUAUGUUGGUGAGAAUAACCCAUUAUCAAAAUAUAACAUCCAAUAAGCUGGUAUAUUUUUAUAAUUACUAGUAGAUUAUUUUUUGUACAAUUAUAAGAAGACUAGAGACUAUUUGGUCAUUAUUGCACUUGUCACAUUUUGUUUAUCAGAAACGUUAUAUUAAGUUAUGUGUAAGAUGUGCCUAUUAUUGAUGAUGGAUACUUUAUAUGUACAUGGAAAUAUAUUGUUAAAGAUGUGGACAUAUUUCGCAAAUUAAAUUUAAAUUAAUUAAAACUCAAUUAAUUAACUCGUUCACUAAAAUAAUUUGUUCUUUGAAACUCAGAAAAUAGCUCACCGCAUGUUUUGUCCCAAUCUUGUAUGAACUUCUCCCUAAACCUUAGGUACAUAGAUACAAUUUUAAAAUUAAUUUUCAUUAGUUACCUAAUUAAGUUAAAUUUAGCAUUACAUUUUUGGGUAAAAGAGACAUUUAGUUUAGGAUAGAUAAUAUUUAACUAUACAAAUUACCUAUUUUAUGCAAGUAUUUUAAUUCUGCAAAUUUCUCUCUUUAAUAGUAAACAUAUUAAAAUUAUUAAAGUAAAUAUUUUCCAGCAUUACAGUUGUGGCACUAGCUAAGUAAAAAAAAAAAAAAUAUUAUUAUCGCCAUGACAGAGUAAUAAUAUUAUGAGGUAAUUAUAUUGUUAUUAACAAUUAUAUUGUUGUUGAAAGUAAAUACAUACUUACAUUUAUAUUUUUAAAUUUAUAUUAAGAGUGUUGAAUUUUUAAUAUUAUUUUCUUCAGCUUGUAAUAUUCACAUUUUAUUUUAAUUUUGGUGAGACUGAAUUGUAUACACAUAAGCCAUUAGUUAUUAAUAUUACAUUCUGUACAACUUCUGACAGUCAAUUUUUUUUUUCAGAUUAAUUCAAUUUCAUUGGGUUGUUGCUGGUGUUGCUGCUGCCAUGUCUAUGAAUUGUAAACCAUCCUCAUAAUGUAAAACUAAAUUAAAAAUAAAAUGUUUUAUACAAACAACUGUGUGAUAUCACUAUUGUGUGCGUUGUUAAACUAUUAACCUUUGUUGGUUGGGGGAAACUUGUUACUAUCUAGAGAUAUUCGUUUCAAAACUAACCUUAGUGCCAGAACUCAGCAGGGUUGUCUUGAAACCCGCUAACUUUCUCAUAUUAUUCAUUAAGCCUAUGUUUUUAAAACUUUUUCUUAA